UUCAAAGUGAGAAGAACCCAGCAAAAUGGGGAUCUCCAGAGUCAUCCUUGAGAUGUGUCUAUUGGGUCAAGUUCUGUCUUCAGUUUCUGUAACACCCACGAGAGAAGACAGCCUGGGAACCACUUUUGGGGAGACACACACCUCAACCGAUUUCUUUACACGUCUUUGGGAGCUGUCGAAUGCCUCCACUUCGGUCGAUGCGUCAAGUGGUCAGUGGACCACCCAGACUACAGACUAUGGUUUGCCUGUGCGGCUGGUGAAUGGAAGUGACCGGUGUCAGGGCCGCGUGGAGCUCCUGUAUCAAGGCUACUGGGGGACUGUGUGUGACGACAGCUGGGACACCCAGGACGCGGACGUCGUCUGUCGGCAGCUUGGCUGUGGCCGUGCGGUGUCGGCCCCAGGCGAGGCCCUCUUUGGUCAGGGCUCCGGGAACAUUCUCUUGGGCACAGUGGACUGCUCGGGAUGGGAGUCCUCCCUGUCCAGCUGCCCCAACGGUGGCUGGAACCGCCACGAAUGUAGACACAGGGAAGAUGCAGGAGUCGUGUGCUCAGCUUCUUCGAGUUCCACAGAGGAGCCCCCGACAAUGGCCACAGAAGGGAUUGGGAAAGAAGGCGCUUUGGCCCUGAGGCUGGUGAACGGAGGUGAACGGUGUCAGGGCCGGGUGGAGGUCCUCUACCAAGGCUCCUGGGGGACCGUGUGUGACGAUGACUGGGACAUCAACGACGCCAACGUGGUGUGCAGGCAGCUGGGCUGUGGCUGGGCCACAUCAGCUCCGGGAAGUGCCCGCUUUGGUCAGGGCUCGGGGCCCAUUGUCCUGGACGACGUGCGCUGCUCAGGGUACGAGUCCUACCUGUGGAGCUGCCCGAGCCGAGGCUGGAACUCCCACAACUGUAACCACGGGGAGGACGCUGGCGUCAUCUGCUCAGCUGCUGAGUCCUAUACUACAUCGUGGCCAGACCCGUGGCCAAUCACUUCCACGCCUUCAGCAGCAGGAAGCACAGACUCAGGGCUCGGGACAGAAGGCGCUUUCGCCCUGAGGCUGGUGAACGGAGGUGAACGGUGUCAGGGCCGGGUGGAGGUCCUCUACCAAGGCUCCUGGGGGACCGUGUGUGACGACGACUGGGACAUCAACGACGCCAAUGUGGUGUGCAGGCAGCUGGGCUGUGGCUGGGCCUCGUCAGCUCCGGGAAGUGCCCGCUUUGGUCAGGGCUCGGGGCCCAUUGUCCUGGACGACGUGCACUGCUCAGGGUACGAGUCCUACCUGUGGAGCUGCCCGAGCCGAGGCUGGAACUCCCACAACUGUAACCACGGGGAGGACGCUGGCGUCAUCUGCUCAGCUGCUCAGUCCUAUACUACAUCGUGGCCAGACCCGUGGCCAAUCACUUCCACGCCUUCAGCAGCAGGAAGCACAGACUCAGGGUUUGGGACAGAAGGCGCCUUGGCCUUGAGGCUGGUGAAUGGAGGAGAACGGUGUCAGGGCCGGGUGGAGGUCCUCUACCAAGGCUCCUGGGGGACCGUGUGUGACGACGACUGGGACAUCAACGACGCCAAUGUGGUGUGCAGGCAGCUGGGCUGUGGCUGGGCCUCGUCAGCUCCGGGAAGUGCCCGCUUUGGUCAGGGCUCGGGGCCCAUUGUCCUGGACGACGUGCACUGCUCAGGGUACGAGUCCUACCUGUGGAGCUGCCCGAGCCGAGGCUGGAACUCCCACAACUGUAACCACAUAGAGGACGCUGGCGUCAUCUGCUCAGCUGCUGAGUCCUAUACUACAUCGUGGCCAGACCCGUGGCCAAUCACUUCCACGCCUUCAGCAGCAGGAAGCACAGACUCAGGGCUCGGGACAGAAGGCGCUUUCGCCCUGAGGCUGGUGAACGGAGGUGAACGGUGUCAGGGCCGGGUGGAGGUCCUCUACCAAGGCUCCUGGGGGACCGUGUGUGACGACGACUGGGACAUCAACGACGCCAAUGUGGUGUGCAGGCAGCUGGGCUGUGGCUGGGCCUCGUCAGCUCCGGGAAGUGCCCGCUUUGGUCAGGGCUCGGGGCCCAUUGUCCUGGACGACGUGCACUGCUCAGGGUACGAGUCCUACCUGUGGAGCUGCCCGAGCCGAGGCUGGAACUCCCACAACUGUAACCACGGGGAGGACGCUGGCGUCAUCUGCUCAGCUGCUCAGUCCUAUACUACAUCGUGGCCAGACCCGUGGCCAAUCACUUCCACGCCUUCAGCAGCAGGAAGCACAGACUCAGGGCUCGGGACAGAAGGCGCUUUCGCCCUGAGGCUGGUGAACGGAGGUGAACGGUGUCAGGGCCGGGUGGAGGUCCUCUACCAAGGCUCCUGGGGGACCGUGUGUGACGACGACUGGGACAUCAACGACGCCAAUGUGGUGUGCAGGCAGCUGGGCUGUGGCUGGGCCUCGUCAGCUCCGGGAAGUGCCCGCUUUGGUCAGGGCUCGGGGCCCAUUGUCCUGGACGACGUGCACUGCUCAGGGUACGAGUCCUACCUGUGGAGCUGCCCGAGCCGAGGCUGGAACUCCCACAACUGUAACCACGGGGAGGACGCUGGCGUCAUCUGCUCAGCUGCUCAGUCCUAUACUACAUCGUGGCCAGACCCGUGGCCAAUCACUUCCACGCCUUCAGCAGCAGGAAGCACAGACUCAGGGCUCGGGACAGAAGGCGCUUUCGCCCUGAGGCUGGUGAACGGAGGUGAACGGUGUCAGGGCCGGGUGGAGGUCCUCUACCAAGGCUCCUGGGGGACCGUGUGUGACGACGACUGGGACAUCAACGACGCCAAUGUGGUGUGCAGGCAGCUGGGCUGUGGCUGGGCCUCGUCAGCUCCGGGAAGUGCCCGCUUUGGUCAGGGCUCGGGGCCCAUUGUCCUGGACGACGUGCACUGCUCAGGGUACGAGUCCUACCUGUGGAGCUGCCCGAGCCGAGGCUGGAACUCCCACAACUGUAACCACGGGGAGGACGCUGGCGUCAUCUGCUCAGGGUGGGCCUCACACAGGGUGGGUCUCCCUUUGGGGUAGUGGUUUUGUGUCCUUGUGCCUUCCCCAGGGCUCGGGACAGAAGGCGCCUUCGCCCUGAGGCUGGUGAACGGAGGUGAACGGUGUCAGGGCCGGGUGGAGGUCCUCUACCAAGGCUCCUGGGGAACCGUGUGUGACGACGACUGGGACAUCAACGACGCCAAUGUGGUGUGCAGGCAGCUGGGCUGUGGCUGGGCCUCGUCUGCUCCGGGAAGUGCCCGCUUUGGUCAGGGCUCGGGGCCCAUUGUCCUGGACGACGUGCACUGCUCAGGGUACGAGUCCUACCUGUGGAGCUGCCCGAGCCGAGGCUGGAACUCCCACAACUGUAACCACGGGGAGGACGCUGGCGUCAUCUGCUCAGCUGCUGAGUCCUAUACUACAUCGUGGCCAGACCCGUGGCCAAUCACUUCCACGCCUUCAGCAGCAGGAAGCACAGACUCAGGGCUCGGGACAGAAGGUGCCUUGGCCUUGAGGCUGGUGAACGGAGGUGAACGGUGUCAGGGCCGGGUGGAGGUCCUCUACCAAGGCUCCUGGGGAACCGUGUGUGACGACAGCUGGGACAUCAACGACGCCAACGUGGUGUGCAGGCAGCUGGGCUGUGGCUGGGCCUCGUCAGCUCCGGGAAGUGCCCGCUUUGGUCAGGGCUCGGGGCCCAUUGUCCUGGAUGACGUGGGCUGCUCAGGGCACGAGACCUACUUGUGGAAUUGUCCCCAUUACCCCUGGAAUGUACACAACUGUCGACAUUCUGAGGAUGCGGGUGUCAUCUGCUCAGCUUCACAAAGCAAUCUGACUACCCCAGGUUGGGGGCAGCCAACUUCAGCAACUACUGAGGCUUCUUCCCACAUGGCCACCAGCCCAACCACCAAUUAUUCCUGUGGAGGCUUCCUGUCCCAGCCAUCAGGACGCUUCUCCAGCCCGUUCUAUCCCAGGAACUACCCGAACAAUGCCCAGUGUGUGUGGGACAUCGAGGUCCAGAACAAUGACUGUGUGACCGUUGUCUUCAGAGAUGUGCAGCUUGAGGGGAACUGUGACUAUGAUUACAUUGAAGUGUUCGAUGGCCCCUACCAAAGUUCCCCUCUCCUGGCCCGGCUUUGUCAUGGGGCAAGCGACUCCUUCACUUCCUCAUCCAACUUCAUGUCCAUCCGCUUUGUCAGUGACGGCAGCAUCACCAGGACAGGGUUCCAGGCUGACUACUCCUCUAGUCCCUCCAACCACAGCACCAAGCUGCUUUGUCUAUCAAAUGAAAUGCAAGUCAACGUGAGCAGGCGCUACCUGCAAUCCCUGGGCUAUUCCGCCAGUGACCUUGUCAUUCCCAACUGGAACAGGGUCUACCAGUGUCAGCCCCAUAUAACGUCAAGCCAGGUGACCUUCACAAUUCCCCACUCAGGCUGCGGCACCACCCAGCAGGUCAGUAAUGACACCAUCACCUAUUCCAACAUGCUCAGAGCAGCUGCUUCAAGCAACAUCAUCAAGAGGACCAAGGACAUCCACAUUCACGUCAGCUGCAAGAUCCUCCAGAAUACUUGGGUGGACACGAUGUACAUUGUUAAUAGCAGCAUCGACAUCCAGGAAGUGCAGUAUGGCCAUUAUGACGUGGACAUGUCCUUUUAUACAUCCUCUUCAUUCUUGCAUCGUGUGACCAGCAGGCAGUACUACGUGGACUUCAACCAGAACUUGUACCUUCAGGCUGAAAUCCUUCAUGCCAACUCCUUUUUGGCCUUGUUUGUGGACACCUGUGUGGCAUCUCCAUAUUCCAAUGACUUUACAUCUCUGACUUACUAUCUAAUCAGGAGUGGGUGUGUGAAGGACGAGACCUACGCGUCCUACCCUCAGCCCUCGCCCCACAUAGUCCGCUUCAAAUUCAGCUCCUUCCACUUCCUGAACCGCUUCCCCUCUGUGUACCUGCGGUGUAAGAUGGUGGUGUGCAGGGCUCACGACUACUCCUCCCGCUGCCACAGAGGCUGCGUGGUCAGGUCAAAGAGAGACGUGAGCUCCUACCAGGAGCAGGUGGACGUCGUCCUGGGACCCAUCCAGCUUCGACCUCUGCACACCGAGAAGAGGGGCCUGGGGGCACCACAGUAGCUGGGGGCCUGGAUAAUCUUGCCCAGACAAAUGGUGGCUCUGCAAUGUGCUAUCAGAGGAAUGAAGGCUCAGGACAACGCUCAGAACUGGGCCCCAAGAACCCAAGCAGACAAGCCAGAAACCUGUGCCCUGAGCAUGGCACCCAGCAGCACCCUGACUCUGUUCACUCCAGCCCAGGCUUAUGGUGGAUGGGGGUUGAGAUGGGGGUGGGGAAAGUCAGGGGCAGCUUUUCCUAAAACCAGGCUCAGUGCUGGGUCAGAAGGUCAGGCCAGCAGCUGCUGUAUCUAAAACCCUGCAUGCGACUGUGUGCCAAUGGCUCACAGGUGCAGAGCUUCCUCUAGAGAAUUACUCUCAGACCUUUUUUUAUAAACUCACUUCUUAGGCCUGUAGUAUACAUCUUAACCUCUUGAUUUAUAGGAGAAGCCGAAUAAAGAAUUUAUUUCAAGCAAG